GUGGAACGUUCCUUGGAAUGCAUCGAAGAACCUGAAGAGCAGCACGUUCCUAGAGUUAAGGCAUCAGAUGUCCUACUUGUACCAGAAAGUUCCUAUACAUUCGUCAGUUUUCAAGAUUGAUUUUUUUUUUUUUUUUUAAAUUGUCACGAUGAAAUGAACAGUGAACAUUUGGUAAACAAUAGAAGCGUUGAUAAAGAUGUCAUGGAGAAACAUCGUCUCCAUCGGGAAUCCAUCAAGUCAGUAUGAGUUCAAGCACAGAUUAGUUUACUGGUUAGGAUUAGGCAUAAUUUUAAUAUCUAUUGCAGAGGUCCCAAAACUUUUUUGUCUCGUAGACCACUUGCCAUGUUGUUUUUUUCGGUUUUGGGUAGACCCCCUGCUACCUGAUAUUGAUUUUUUUGUAAAUUCAUUAACUUCAAAUGUAUUUUUGACAGCCGGUAUAGUGCUACUCAUUAGAAAGAUUUAAAUGUAUAACGGUAGAGAAGUGGAGUAUGUCAUUUGUGGUAUUUUUUUUUUGUUUUUAGUUAAACUGAAGAAUUAAGUUUACAAUCUUUCAUUUGAUACCAAAUUUUGUUUUACAACAGAACAGUAAUAAUUAAAAAAAAAAAAAUUUUGAUCCCUACCUCUAAACCGAAUAGCCACUUCGUUUUUUAAACUUCCGUAAAAGCUUAUUGUUAAAAAAAAAAAAAAAAAUUACCUCACGACUUUACUAUUCAGUAUGCUAUUCAUUCGGUGGCUAAAAAUUUACUGGCUAUAAAAAGGCAAAUGUGUGAGUCUCUUUUAGAAGCUAUUUGACACUAACAUUUUUGAAAUGGGAAAUUCUUCUUUCGGUGCCGACUCCCUAAGAAUCAGACAUCACAUUGGUAUUGCCAGGGAUAUUUUCACAUUUUCAUCAAAUGAAUUUACAGUGGCAGGGAGGUGACAUCAGUCGUAUUCGAACCAACUAAAUAAUCACUACUGUUUGUUUCAAAAUUAACUCUGCUCAUGAAUUAUGUAAUCAUCAUCUUUAGAGGGCGAUACUUCCCACAUAGGGCACUGGCCUGCUCCACCACAUCCUUCCAUUCGGACCAAUCCAUGUAUUUCCGCCUCCACGCGCGGACACCCAACUGGUGUUAAGUCUUUCUCAUCAUUGUCGAUCCAUCUCAGUCUUGGUCGACCGCUGCACAGUCUGUCCCUAGGCUACCGCCUGUAGAUCACCUUUUGCUGCUCUACAACCCGGACUCGUGAAUAAACCAGUGGUCAAUUUCUAAGCCCUUCUGAGAUAACAGAGAAAGGGGUUACAAACUGAUAAUCUACAAGUAUCGCGAGACCGUCUGGACAUGACACACAUAAAAGUGUGCCUGAGGGAUGAGGAUUUGCUUUCAAAUUUCAGAUUGUGCAAUAAAAUCAAGUUCCAGCAUUUAUUAUUUUGGACGGAGGGCUAAUUCAAGAUGGCUUUUUUUUUGGCUGCGACUAUUCGCACCAGGGUACCAGAAGUGAGAGGUUGGGAUUAAAAAAACUAUUUAAAUAAUAAUGUUGGGUUUGUAAGAAAAAAAAUGAGGUAUCAAAUGAAAGAUAAUUGAAUGGACUAUAUGUUCGUAAACUUACUUCUGCAGUUUAAAUAAAAUAAACUACCACAAAUGACAUCCAAAUAGCUUGAGUCUAAUGGUACCCGGGUGCGAAUGGCGGCGCUGCGUGUCUGGGUCCAUUUUGUCAUCUGUUGAUAAAAAUGAUGGCAGCCCAACUGCGGCACGCGUCGCGUAUCAAUAAUUACUUUUACAUUCAGGAUAUCGUUAAAGAUCGUGCUAAAUCUGUGUCAUUCAUUGCUAUCCCCAGACAUAAUUUCUUUGCAUACAAAGACAUGAACUGGCUGGAAAAUAGUUCAACGUUUUCAAUCGACGCUGUGGCCCAGGCAAAUGGUGUCGCCGACGGUGUGAGAUUCAAGACAGCAGCCCUCCCAGAACUAAAGUACACUACAUUAUCUUUACUGCACGUUGUCUGUUUUUCUUUUCUUUUUAGUAGAACAAAUAACUUGCAUGUUGGGUUAUAAGAUGUUUAUUAUUUUGUAAAUAGCGAUGGGUGCUGUUCGUCGUUCGCAUGCAAGAUAAGAAAAGGCAAUGUUCGACUUGUGUACUAGCCUUUGACCUGCAUGAGUAGUAGCCUUUGACUUGAGCUGUAUUUUGUUUAAAGUGAGUGAGAUUGGCUCAUGCUCAAGCUCGUCAGCCCCACUCUCUCGUGCUUGCCUAUUUGAUCCAACGUCAAGACUUAAUCGAGACGCCUGGCAAUAGGCCAGGAUGCAGUAGCUGACCAGCCGUGUCUGCGUGUUUCACUGCGUUCUUAAUGCGUCCUGUGUCGCAGGAGUCGUCGGAUUUUCUCAUUGUGUCAAUGCCAUACCACCUACGGUACUCCAUCUCCCGGUAUACUGGUGUUUCAUAGUAGAUGCGUGGCCAUCCGAGGUUAACGAGUCACAGCCACCCGGGGGUGAUUUUGAUGGUUUUUGCUUGUCAAUGAAUUUGCAGGGAUUGAACUAGUCCAAACAUCCCAAGCCGUACACUCUACUAGGCCACGUUGCAACAGUGUACAGGCGAUGUACCGUGUGCAGGGUUUCUUUCAGCGAUCUCGGGGGAGGGGGGGGAGAGACAGUGCCAAGUGCCCCCCCCCCGGAGCAAAAAUAUGUCCAACAAUAAAUCAACUGGCACUGCCCCCCUCCCCCCAAAAAACAAAAAAACAAAGCUGAAGUGCCCCUUCCCCGGGGGGGGGGGGGGGAAUAUCUGAAAGAAACACUGACUGUGUGCAUGUGAAAUAGAGUGUGUAUGUAAAUGAUGGUGAGCCAUCGAAGGAUAAUGCGCACGAGAAGGGUGGUGUGAAAUUCUUACUUAGACUUAUGAUUGCCCACAACAUCGCCUCGGCGCCUGAUAUUGUCCAUUUCGUUGACCUAGGAUCAGCCCGUGUCCCACCAUCAGUCGCAGCAAACUGCACCAAGGGCUGCCUCUCCACCAACAACAUCUCCGACAGAGGGCAGAUGAUCGCAACGAUGUUCUGUACUCGACCACUUGCCACGGGAGCCGCCCGCACGUGAUAGCAACCGUCUCGACACCGAGUAGUUUCAGACAAGAAUCCCAAUUCAUGGUACGUCUUAAAUUAUUUUUUUAACCUUGACCUUACAAGUUUACUUUUUCCUCCAAAUACUUGCUCUUCGUUUUAAGAAGGUUUUAAAGGACUUUUGUUCUUAUAAGGUUUUAAGAAGGUUUUAAAGGACUUUUGUUCUUAUAAGGUUUUAAGAAGGUUUUAAAGGACUUUUUUUCUUAUAAGGUUUUAAGAAGGUUUUAAAGGACUUUUGUUCUUAUAAGGUUUUAAGAAGGUUUUAAAGGACUUUUGCUCUUAUAAGGUUUUAAGAAGGUUUUAAAGGACUUUUGUUCUUAUAAGGUUUUAAGAAGGUUUUAAAGGACUUUUGUUCUUAUAAGGUUUUAAGAAGGUUUUAAAGGACUUUUGUUCUUAUAAGGUUUUAAGAAGGUUUUAAAGGACUUUUGUUCUUAUAAGGUUUUAAGAAGGUUUUAAAGGACUUUUGUUCUUAUAAGGUUUUAAGAAGGUUUUAAAGGACUUUUGUUCUUAUAAGGUUUUAAGAAGGUUUUAAAGGACUUUUGUUCUUAUAAGGUUUUAAGAAGGUUUUAAAGGACUUUUGUUCUUAUAAGGUUUUAAGAAGGUUUUAAAGGACUUUUGUUCUUAUAAGGUUUUAAGAAGGUUUUAAAGGACUUUUGUUCUUAUAAGGUUUUAAGAAGGUUUUAAAGGACUUUUGUUCUUAUAAGGUUUUAAGAAGGUUUAAAGAAACGUUUAUUCUGAGAAGGUUUUUGCAUGCCUUUUUCUGAGAAGAUUUUAACAGAAUUUUUCUAAGAAGAUUUAAAACUGCUUUAAAAUACUUUUUUUUUUUCUAAGAAAAUACGUUUCAUACAUAUCUAUUUUUUGUUUACUUACAUAUGGAUGAAUUAGAAGUUUGACGCCACUGCUUUCUUCAUUAACGGACUUGUGGAGGCUGAUUCGAUGAGUCUGUAAAUCAGCAAAACUUUUAUUAUUAUUGUGUGUGUGUGGGGGGGGGGGGUAAAUAAAAUAUCAGAAAAAGAAAUACAACCCCAAUUACUAAUAAAUAACACAAAUUAAUACAUAAUAAUUAGAUUAAUAAUUCGAAUAUUUUAAAUCAUUCGUCAAUUUAUUGUUCAUAGUUUAUAAGUUAUAGCCGUCAUAUUUUAUUUUUAAAAGUGAAACGUGGUGACCCAUUACGUACAUCCACUUAUUUAAUGAUUGCGCUUGGCUCAUUUGAGUCUUGGUAUUUUAUUUGGAUUCAUCUUGUUUCCCUUUUCAAAAUAGACUUAAGGAGUGGUUCCCAAUCUUUUUUUGAUUCGCGUAGCCCUUUCCGUAAUUAAUUUCUAAGAGGGAGAUGUUGAGUCUCGAAACUACUGCUGCUGCUACUACGUACACUUGCUUUGGAUAAUGUAAUACACUUGCACAAUAACGUUCUCGUGCUCCGUACUGAGCUGGCAGCCAUGCAUCACAAAUUACAAAAGUCCUGAGUAUUAGAUGACAAAUAACGGACUCCUUAUUAUCCGCUAAAUUACAUACCCCCCCCCCCAAAAAAAAAAAACAGUACUAUCGAAAGUCACUAAUAAUCCUUUUCGAAGUAUAACAAACAGAUAAUAAAAUCCUUAUUAACAACAGGCAGUAGUACCUUUUGGCUCACUACUCCAUACAGGCCUACCCAUCACACUACACGCCUCCAUACAGGCCUACCCAUCACACUACACGCCUCCAUACCGGCCUACCCAUCACACUACACGCGCCUCUUUCCUGACACACUAUAGAUAAAAACAUACCCUGCCUCCGAUCAUCAAUGACAAUCUCACCCCUUGUUCACUCAUACUCGCACUCCUUCUGGUGAACACAACUUACUCGACCCCCCCCCCCACACACACACACAACCACACAUAACAACAGUGAUUCUCAUACCCUUGACAAGAGCCAAUUACGCUUACCCUAAUGCCUUUUUCUUUCAAUGGGUUCCCUUGAGCGGCCUGGGAGCCCCUCAGACGUGUUGUACCUGUUGGGAACCACUGCCAUAAAGUGAUCGACUACCAUGGACUUCAUAGUGCUACAUAUUUAUAGGUUUAUUCAUAUUUUUUUUUUAGGCGGAUAAAGAAGCAGAAUUCCAAAGACACGUGAAGAUGGGCAUGGCACAGAGAUACUCUCUACCCACACUGCCCACAGAAUUCGCACCCAAUUUCGUCACAUCCUGGGUGGCGCACGGAUCAGACAGACGGGGACUCAACAAUUUGAUUUAUGCCACAGACGAUUGCAAAUAAGUGGCUGUGUUUGAAUAUCAAGCAUGACUACAAGUUGAUAAAGUGCAUGUUCAAAUCUGUAUCAUGUGUUGUAAUAACAAAAAAUUUGUAAUUUGAAGAUCUGUUAUAAAAAAAUGUACCAGAAACACUCGUGUCCAGCGUCACAGGAGAUACCAGUUUGUUAUAUUAUAUGAUUACAUCAGUAUGUUUUCUUAAAUUAACAUCUUUUAUAUUCAUAAAUAAAAGUUACUGAGUAA